CAGGCCAGGCACUGAUGGGCCGGAUACCUGGGGAGGACGGGGCAGCUCAGAGGGGCCGGCACUCACCCCUGGAUGCCCCCUGGCCCCUCCAUCCCCUCCCACACAGCAGCCAGCGCCCUGCCCUCUGGCCCCCAUCCACAUAUGUGUGGGAGGAAGCCACACAAUGUACUAUCUCUGCGCCUGCCCGUGGGGUUCCGGAGCCUCCAGCCUACCUCCCAUGAGUGGCCCUACCACAGGACGUGGGGUCUGCUCCACAUAGACGCAAGGAGUCCCAAUCCUCUCCUGGACUCCACAGCCCACAAGCACUUCCUGAGCAGAUCCUGUCCCCUCUUCCUCCUCUUCAGGAUGGACACCGAGGGGCUGUAGAGGCUGCAAGCAUCUCCACAACCCCCGCGUAGAGGGGCCCGGGCCAGGGCCACAGGGAGCCAUGGAGAGCUUCAUGGAGUCACUGAACAGGCUGAAGGAGAUCCACGAGAAGGAAGUCCUGGGCCUGCAGAACAAGCUUCUGGAACUGAACUCAGAGAGGUGCCGGGACGCCCAGAGGAUCGAGGAGCUCUUUGCCAAGAACCACCAGCUCCGGGAACAGCAGAAGACACUGAAGGAGAACCUUCGGGUGCUGGAAAACAGGCUGCGGGCCGGCCUGUGCGACCGCUGCUUGGUCACCCAGGAGCUGGCCAGGAAGCGGCAGCAGGAGUUUCAGAGCUCCCACCUGCAGAACCUACAGCACAUCUUCAUCCUCACCAAUGAGAUGAACGGGCUGAAGGAAGAGAACGAGACCUUGAAGGAGGAGGUGAAGCGGCUUCGGGGCCUGGGAGAUAGGCCCAAGCCCCUGGCCAAGGAGGGCACCUCAGACCCCCCCUCACCCCUGCUGCUCCCCUCCCCUGGUGGCUGGAAGGCCAUCACAGAGAAGCCACCAGGAGGCCAUGAGGAGGCUGAGGAAGACCACCAGGGCGCGGGCCUACAGGGAGAAGAAAAGCCAGCAGGGCACAGGGCAUCUCCAGUGGCCAAAAUCUCACCAGGGGCCACCCUGCCUGAGUCGUGGGCCCCAGACAUGAGCCCCCAGCGCAUCUCCAACCAGCUGCACGGGACCAUCGCCGUGGUACGGCCUGGGUCCCAGGCUUGCCCUGCUGACCGUGGCCCCACCAAUGGGACGCCCCCACCACUGCCCGCAAGGAGCAGCCCACCCAGCCCAGCGUAUGAGCGAGGCCUCUCUCUGGACAGCUUCCUGCGGGCCUCCCGGCCCUCUGCCAUGACCCAUGAGACCCUGAAGCACUCCCCGAAGGUGGACCGGCUCUGCCUCCUAAACCGCCCCCUCUCCCUGCACCUUCGGAGCCCCCGCAGCAGCCCCCUGGCCCCUGCUGCAGCCCCCCGUGACCCCCGGCUCCAGGACCUGAAGGCCGGAGAAGCAGAGGCCUGGGAGGAGCCUAUAGAACUGCUGGGGCUGCCCAGUGCCCUGGCGGGCAUGCAGGACCUUCGCCUGGAAGGGGCACUACACCUGCUCCUGGCCCAGCAGCAGCUGCGGGCUCGGGCCAGGGUAGGCAGUGUCAGGCCAAGGGGCCAGCCCACACCCGGGGAGAUGCUGCCCUCCCCACCAGUCGGCUCAGACUCUGAGGGCCCUGAGAGUGAGGGGGCCAGGGCAGCUCUGGCCGCAGCAGCAGGCCUGCCUGGAGGGCGGCACACACAGCCUGUAGGCCCAGGCCGCACCCAGAGGACGGAGGCUGCAGCAGCGCAGGACUGUGCCCCAGACAAGCCCCUGGACCUCUCGGAGUGGGGCCGGGCCCGGGGCCAGGACACUCCCAAGCCUGCCAGCCAGCAUGGGUCACUCAGCCCUGCCACUGCCCACACUCCCAGCCCCGAGCCACCCACCCAGUCUGGACCCCUGACUCGCAGUCCCCAGGCACUCAGCAAUGGCACCAAGGGGACCAGAGCACCAGAGCAGGAGGAGGCUCGCACUCCCGUGGACCCCUCACGCCCACUUCCAGGGUCCCAGCUCAGCCUGUCCUCUCCAGGCAGGACAGGAGAUGAAGACACAGGGAGGCCUCUGCCAGCUCCCCACCCACAGCUGCCCGACCUGGACGGCCACUCAGAGCCCAGCAAGGCUGAAGUGCUGAGACCAGAGUCCAAUGAACUGGAUGAGACAGACACCCCAGGCAGCGAGGCGGACCAGAGCACGACUGGGGAGGGGCCCGGGUGUAUCUGCGCCCAGGAGCACGGGCCGGGUCUGCCACGGAAGAGGAAGCAGGCCUCGGAGCCCGGGGACAAAGCCUCCAAAAAGCCAUCCAGAGGGAGAAAGAAACUGACAGCCACUGAGGGCCCCAGGAGCCCAAGGGACGCCAAGGACGACUGUCCCUCCCCCAACAGCAGCCCCUGGGAGGAGACCUAGCCAGCCUGCACCAGGGUCCACAGCAAGCCCAGGGCGGCCCUCCACCUGCCCACCAGGGCCUGGAGAGGCCACACCACCCAACCAGCAGGCAGCCCCACACAGCCAGUGGUGGGCACAUCCUGGCCCACUUCAAGAAGGGCUGGAGGACCAAGAGGGGUCUCAAGCUGGCGAUUCACCCUGUCUCCACCCACCUGGGAAAUGCACUGUGGCCCCUCCCACAGCCCAGCACCUGCUCCCUGGGGGGUGUGGGGACUGGAGGCAGGAUCACUCAGGCUCCAGCCCAGCCCCACCACUGCUGUGCACUGCAGCCCUUCCCACGCAGUGCCCAUGCUCUGGGAGGCAACGGACCACUCGGACCCGCACCCCUGCCCACCAAGCUCCGAGCACAGUCUUGGACGCCCCCUCGUGGGCUCCCGGCAAACAGAUGUCUGGCAGUGAGGGUGGAGGGAGGCAGUGGGCAGCAGCACCCUCGCAGACGGGGUCCCCUGAGUGAUGGAGAAUAAACACCUGAAGAAUCAUG